CGGCCCGGGACGCCCGGCCCCCGGGCUGGGAUCUCGAUGCGGGACGGAAUGUUGAGACCCUGAGGUAAAACAAGGGUGGCGGUGAAGCCGGGGACUCCCCUGUUCCGGAGCCAGAGGCGCGGGGAGCAGGGUUUCCUGGGUCUUCGGGCCCGGGACUGGGGUCUUUCAGUAGAUUACGCCGUGGCCGAAUCUUGCGCCAGGCCCUCGGACCCCAUCACCCUGACAGGGCCUCGCCCCUGGGAUCUGAGGAGCAGUCGUGAGGCGGCGCGGCUUUUCCGUCCCCAGGCGCUCCUCUGACAGACCAGCCAUGGCCACGGCCGGAGAGAAUUUGGGCUGGACGAGCCCAAGUUAAAAGGGCACAGGAGUGAGGGGCCGGCGCCAGCCUCCCGCGGCGGGCAGCGGGCUUGCGCAGAAUCUGCCGGCCCGGAAGAGCAGGCUGCCCCGCGCCGGACGGAAGCGCCGUCUCCCGGCAGGCGGAAGCAGCUCGCUCCCGCGUCCCGGCCGGCGCGGUUGGAGCCGGGCAGCCCUGCCCACGUAGAGGACCUUCUGCUGGGGGCAUCCGCGACCACCUGGAGCGCGUGAGCAGUAAGGGCUGGGCGCAGCCGGGGCGGAAGCGUGUCAGAAUAAGGACUCUUCAUUUUUUCAGGCCCGCAGAUUCGCACUGGUUUGUUAUGGAAGAAACAAAAAAUGUCUCAAAAGCAGAUGAAGGAAGCUUUUGUCAGUAACCUCAAUGGAACCACUGUCCUGGAAGUCAUCCAGGUCUUGUGCUUGCCUGCACCCUGUGUCCUGUGCAGAGGGCUGCUGACCGUUCUCUUACAGCACUUCUAUCCUUCAUAUACCUGGAGAACCCAGUUCUUCAUUGACUUUGUUGUCUUGAUAGUUCCCCUGGUGGCUGCUCUCACCAUUUUGUCUUCAUUUCUCCUCCUUGAGCAGCUCACUAUAAUUAUCUUUGGGGCAGGACUGGCCUAUCAAAUAUACCACAGGAGGACUUGCUAUGCCAGAGUGCCUGUGCAGAAGAUCCUUGAAAAUUUCUUGAAAAUCAGUCUAGAAUCAGAAUACAUUCCAGCAAUCUCCUGUUUCCGUACAAUUAACAAUGUAUUUACUGCUAUUGCCAUUUUGGCUGUGGACUUCCCAAUUUUUCCCAGACGAUUUGCCAAAACGGAGCUGUAUGGAACAGGUAUAAUGGAUUUGGGAGUAGGAGGCUUUCUUUUUGGGACAGCAAUGGUUUGUCCAGAGGUUAGGAAAAAAUCCAGUAUGGAGGAAUCCAGAUUUUAUCACCUUACAAAGUCAUUGCACUCUGUUUGUCCAUUAGUCUUCUUAGGAAUAGGACGAUUAAUCACUAUAAAAUCCAUAGACUAUCAGGAACAUUUAACCGAAUAUGGAGUUCAUUGGAACUUUUUUUUUACCUUAGCAAUUGUGAAAUUGAUAACAUCACUGCUUUUGAUUACUUGCCCCCUAAAUAAGUCCUGGAUUGUGGCCAUUAGCAUUACUGUAUUAUACCAGCUAGCUCUUGACUUUACCCCACUAAAGAGGUUAAUCUUAUAUGGCACUGAUGGCAGCGGCACAAGGGUUGGUUUAUUAAAUGCCAAUCGAGAAGGAAUAAUCUCUACUUUGGGGUAUGUGACAAUAUACAUGGCUGGUGUGCAAACAGGGUCCUGUCUGUUUAAGAACAGAUCACAUAUCAAAGACUGGAUAAAAGUAAUAUGUUGUCUUCUACUGACAGGUAUUAGCCUCUUGGUAUGUCUUUACAUAGUCCAGGCAAAUAUAGAAGCUGUAUCUCGAAGAAUGGCCAAUUUAGCCUUUUGUGUUUGGAUAGUUGCUUCUAGCCUGAUUUUUCUUAGUAGUUUACUAAUAGGUGAUAUAAUUUUGAGUUUUGCCAAAUUUCUAUUUAAAGGGGCUCUAAUGCCAUGUUCUCGGAAACUUAUCCAGUCACCUGCUACAACUAAAAAGCAUUCAGAAUCCCUAGUCCCUGAAGCGGAAAGAAAGGGAGCCAGUCUUUGUUUAAUCACAGCUAUUAACAGAAACCAGUUAUUUUUUUUCUUGCUGUCAAAUAUAACCACUGGCUUGAUCAACCUGAUGGUGGAUACAUUACAUAGCAGUACCUCGUGGACCUUAUUUACGCUCUGUCUCUACAUGCUUACCAACUGUUUAACUCUGUUUGUGCUACAUUUGCAAGAUAAGACUAUAAAAUUUUGGUGAUUGAUACAGGUAAAAUUUAUCUGUAUCUGAGCAGUAUUUUAACAGAGGAUAAAUAUUAAAUGUGAAGAAAAUGUGCUUUUGGCAAUCCAAUGUUAACCAUAUUUUAUUUUAGCAUUAAGAGUUUCAACCCUUCUCUGUAACACUGGUAGCGAUAUUACUAUUUUAAUGUAUCUCAACACUAUAUAAACCAAACCAAGAAAAGAAACAAAGCCUGUAAUUUCCUAAUUUAUUAAAUUUAGUAUUUCAAAGAAACUGUUUUAUAGAGUUGCAACACUGAAAAUUAGAGGGUGGGGAGGAAGAUUUUUA